AUGAUUCUACAUUUUGAUUGGCUCUCGCUGCUCCCGAGCAGUAGGGCGCUUACGCCCCACCCAGAGUGUAGCAAACCGCCCACACCCCACCCAAGUGUGCAGCAGGCAGCGCCACCCCACAGAGUGCAGCAGGCCGCCCACACCCCACAGAGUGUUGCAGGCCGCCCACACUCCACCAAGUGCAAAGCAGGCCGCCCACGCCCCGCCCACACCCCCACCAGGUGGCUGCCCACGCCCUCCCACACCCCACCCGGAGUGGGCAGACCGCCCACACCCCACCCCAGAGUGUUGCAGGCUGCCCACACCUCACCCAGAGUGUUGCAGGCCGCCCACACCCCACCCAAAGUGUUACAGACCGCCCACACCCCACCCGGAGUGCAGCAGACCGCCCACACCCGCCCGGAGUGCAGCGGGCAGCCCACACGCUGCCUGGGUGUAUACAGUGCAAUGGGCCGCCCACACCUUACCCAGAGAGCAGCGGGCCGCCCACGCCCCGCCCACACGCCGCCCGGAGUGCAGCUGGCCGUCUACACCCCACCCAGAGUGCAGCGGGCCGCCCACACCCCACCCGGAGUGCAGCGGGCCGCCCACACCCCACCCAGAGUGCAGCGGGCCGCCCACACCCCGCCCAGAGCGUUGUCUCGGAGCAUGGGCGUGAGCGUACGAUGCACACUGCUCCCUAGUCCUUGA